AUGUUCUCCACGACUUCUGCCUUCCAAUGGCUUCAUAAUGACACUAAACCAAGAUAUAUGGCACCACCAUUUUCUACGCCUUCUCAGAAGUAUGCCUACCCGUCACCAAUUCUAUCGUCUGAGGGAAACAACUCUUCGCUCUAUAAUCUCUUAACACCUUCAUUCUUCUCAAUCACUUCUUCGUUCCCAUUCAUCCAAUCCUCGACUUCAAACCCCGUAGCUCCUUUGGUCAAGCCCGGAGAUGGGGACGACUCGAGCAAGAACUGCUUCUUUGACAUAACUGUUGAUUCUGCUCCCUCGGGUCGCAUCACAUUCAAGCUUUACGAUAAGAUCACUCCCCGAACUGCACGCAAUUUCCGUGAAUUGUGUACCGGUCAACAUGGAUUUGGAUAUGCUGGAAGUUCUUUCCAUCGUAUUAUUCCACAAUUUAUGUUACAAGGUGGGGAUUUCACCAGAGGAAACGGAACUGGUGGAAAAUCCAUUUAUGGUAGAACGUUUGCGGACGAAAAUUUCGAGCUCAAGCACACGAAGCCUGGUCAAUUAAGUAUGGCCAAUGCAGGCAGAAAUACGAACGGCUCCCAAUUUUUCAUUACCACAAUAGCCACACCUUGGUUGAAUGGUAAACACGUGGUGUUUGGCGAGGUAAUCGAGGGUAUGGAUCUUGUGAAGAGAAUCGAAGCACUUGGUACUCGUUCUGGUACCCCAAGAGCUCGUGUUGCUAUUGCUAAAUCGGGUGUCGUCGAGUAAGGAGGUAACAAAUUAGGACGCUUUAUGUUUGUAUGCUUAGUGGCUGCUCAAGUUUAUUUAGCUAAAUGACCAUAAGAUAUUGUGUGUAUCACACACUUGAUAGUACCAUGACUAUUGGCUAGACAUAAAAUGCUAUCGGCUCAAUACCUUUGAUCGGACGUAGUUUCUUACCAUUCGGGCCAGGCUGCAAUGAACUUAGCGUUUUUGUUC